AUGGGACUACUCCGCUCCUUCUUUCUUAUCGCUGCUGUAGGCACCGCGUUUGCCGCCCCAGCUUGGGUCAACACAAACUCCACACUUUCGAAGCGGGAUCCUGGAUUUGCGUAUGGCACCGACAAGGUACGAGGUGUGAACCUAGGCGGUUGGUUGGUCCUAGAACCAUGGAUCACCCCGUCAAUCUUCGACAACACCGGAAAUUCCGCGAUCGUCGACGAGUGGACCUUUGGCCAAUAUAUGGAUUACGACACGGGCGCGAACAUCCUCUGGAACCACUGGGGUUCGUGGGUGCAAGAAUCAGAUUUUGAAGCCAUCGCCGCAGCCGGGCUGAAUCACGUGCGUAUCCCCAUCGGCUUCUGGGCGUUCGACACUUCUGGAGGGGAACCGUACUUCCACCUGAAUCAAUAUGAUUACCUUAAGACUGCUGUAGGCUGGGCGGGGAACUACGGCAUCAAGGUUCUCGUGGACCUGCACGGUGUACCUGGCUCGCAGAACGGGUACGACAAUUCCGGCGAACGGGGCAAUCCGAACUGGCAGAAUAAUGCGGACUACGUGACCCGCACUCAGGCAAUAAUCGCUACCAUGAGCAGCGACUUCAGUCAAUCGCAGUAUCAGGGCGUCGUUACCGCUAUCGAGCUGGUUAACGAACCUGCGGGGUAUUAUAGUCAGGAGCUGCUCGAUACAACCAGGAACUACUACACGGAUACGUACCCGACCGUGAGGAACGACGGGAGUCUGGUGGUCGUUUUGCACGAUGCGUUCCAGAGCUUCUCAUACUGGUCUGGCUUCUUGACUGAGGCUAAUGGCGGGUCGUGGGUCAUGAUGGACACGCAUAUCUACCAAGUAUUCGAAGACUAUUAUCUCGAGAUGUCUUGGGAUGACCACAUAUCGAACGCCUGCUCAAACGCGGGUAAUCUAGCAUCCAACGACCUCUGGACGAUCGUCGGUGAGUGGAGUACCGCCUCCACCGACUGCGCGACAUACAUCAACGGACGAGGGAUGGGGUCACGCUACGACGGGUCGUACGGCGAUGGCGCGGCUGCUAUUGGGAACUGUUACGGUCAGAGUGGGAGCAGCAGUACGUUUUCGAGCGAGUACAAGACGUUCUUGAGGCAGUUCUGGGAGGCGCAGGUCAGCACGUACGAGCAGGGUGAUGGAUGGAUAUACUGGUGUUGGAAGAACGAGGAUGCGGAUGACUGGUCGUACUCUGCUGGCUUAGCUGGAGGGUGGAUCUCAUCAGACCCGGAUGAUAGGGAGUACCCGAACAUCUGUGGCUGAGCUGGUUCGUGUCUGUUUGAAUGUCGUACGCUCCUUUAUGCCGCAGCUUGGUUUUCAGUCGUUGGAGUUUCUCAACCCUUGGCUGAGUACGAGUAUUCUAUGUAUUAAUACAUUCCACGAGAAACAUAACGCC